UUACAGGAGAUGAGCAUUAAGAGACAGUGUGCUGUGUACUGAUUGGACAUUUUACAUGGCAUUAAGCCAUUGAUUCUAGCUGCCAAGCCUUCCUGACAUCUGUAGUAUUGGAGCAGGACUGGUGCCAGUAGAUUGUCCUUCCAUUACUCUGUCACCAAGAGAUUGUGCCAAGUUUGAUGACAGUUUGAAAAAAGUCUCUCUUGUUGAAAUCACACAGGUAGAAAGAGGACAGAAAGCCUGGCUUGUGACAUUAGGACGUAGAAAAGUAUUCAAGUACAGAGCCAAUAAAAAAGUAGAGGUCGUCAGAGAUAGUGAAGGUGAAAAGAGCACGGGAAACACAGAGCAGCAAUUCAUCACAGCACUUUAUGAAUUGUAAAACGGCCAUGUAGGAGCUUAGCAAGAGUUGGAACCUGACUGAAAAAGUGGCCUCUUGAAGUUCUCCUGAGGUUCUCAGUGUGUUGCUAUCCAACUUGAAGGUUAAGCUGAAUACACAUUGCUUAUUCAAGAACAAUAUAGCAUAGGCUAGAAAGGGGAAAAAACAGAAAAAGGAGAAAGUUCAUAGGUGUCCCAGGCAAACUGUGACAUUUUUUUCACAAAUAGCUCUCGAUAUUGUUUGAAAAUAUCACUUGUCAGCAAAGUAAUUGGGAUUUCGAAUUAUUGCACUCAUAGGCAGCAGUGACUUCUGUUUCUGUAAGACAUGCAGUAAAUACUGACAACCACUGAAUCAGCAAGGGUCUAUAGAUUGGUUAUAUAGAUAAUAGACAUGGAUAAUUACAGAUUGAUUUAUACACACUGACCAUUCACAGGGAUAAACUGGACAUUACUGGACCCUCAGCAUCUACACUGAAUAGAGUAAAAUAUUCAUUGUUGUGGGACCUCAUCACUUUGAAAGGCAAGGCCAUGAGCGACAUUCAAUGUUGUUUUGUGGGAGGAUAGUUCAAUCGUAUAUUUACCAUUGAUUGAAUUCAUACACUUGACAGGAUGGAGGUCUAUAGUAUUCUGUUUGCCAUUUUAUCAUUUUUCGUCUGCCAAUGCAAGUCACAGGAUGGUGACAGAGAAAUAAUAGUGUAUGGAAGACCUAAUCUCUUACCAAGUUUUGACACACCACAGGUCAAUGUGACGGUGAUAGAAAACAAAGAUGCCAUGCUCCCAUGCUCAGUGAAUCAUCUUGGAGAGCUCACUGUGCUCUGGCAAGGUCCACAGGGGGAGGUUUUAACCCUGAAUGACAGGAGAGUAAUAGACACCCAUCGCUUUAGUAUUGUGCGGCCUUAUUUAAGAGACUGGAAUUUACACAUUGAUGAAGUCAAACUGUCAGACCAGGGAAGUUAUACGUGCUCUAUAGGACCCCAACCUGUGCUUGCCAAGGUGGUCAAUCUUCAUGUAAAAGUUCCUGCAGAAAUAGUGUCAAACAGGUCAAGUCCCACAUUCCAGAAGGUUAAAGAAGGUGACACAGUCAUACUGACCUGCAAUGUCACUGGUCAGCCCACACCAAAGGUCAACUGGUACAGAAGAGGGGCCAAAGAGUCUGAUGAUAAGAAAGAAAAGGCUACAGGUGAUGAGGAAACAGCUGCCCUGUUUCCACUGUGGAAAGAGGUUGUUGGGCUUGAUGGAGAAGUUAUGAUCAUCCACAACAUUUCUAGAUAUUGUGAUGAUGUUUACGAGUGUCAGGCUUACAAUGGAGUGGCAUCAUCAGUCUCAAGACUGAUGAGGGUGGUGGUGGAAUUUCCCCCAGAGGUACGUCUGCCAAACCCAAGAAUUGGUCAGUCUGUAGGCAAAGACACCAUUCUUGAGUGUAUCAUAACUGCAGAACCAAUUGUAACAAUCUACUGGAUGUACAGAAAUACUGAAAUCCAAAGGUCCACUAGGUAUGAUGUGGAGGCAUAUGAUGAGGGACCCAAGACAGUGAUCCUCACCGUGAGGAUAUUUGAUCUCACCAAAGAAGAUUUUGGAGAAUAUACUUGUGUGGCCAAAAAUAAGCUUGGAAUGGUGAAAAAAUCUAUGACAGUGUUUGAAUAUAUAGAUACAAAAGAAGUGGAUUCAACAACGGCAACACCACAUUAUACCAUUAAAGGAAAAGAGCCAGAAAAUACUGCCACAGAGGUAGAGGUCAUGAAACCAUCCAAUGAUGAUCCAGAGGCAACAUCAUUCACCAGAACAUCAACUAAUGGGUAUUCAAAUCCAAAGAAUGAGAGACCAGGUGUGAUCGGCAGUGUCAGUGACAAGGGGCAGAAAGGUCAAGCUUCCACAGUCUCCACCACCAUUCCUCUGCUGUGCUUGACAACAAUGCUGACAGCACUGUUGCAAUGACAUGAGCAUUAAAACCAGGCAUUCUGGAUACAACUUUUUUUAACAGAUGCAGUGAAAUAAGCAAAGAUGAAGGAUGUUGAAUCACUUGAUAGAAAAUGUGUACAUUGAUAUGGGCAGUUGCUUAAGAAGAAGAGGUUUACUGUAAAGUUAUACAUACAUGAAUUAUAGAUUAAUGAAAGAAAAUGUAACAGUCUAACAGAGAAAUCCUUUUGUAAUGGAUAGUCAGCUGAAAGCUAAUUUUGUUAAUCAAGAAUAGUCAUUUUCUUGACAAGUAAAACUUACGUGCAUUUAUUUUAUUUAUAUACAAAUAUGUUAACCAUUGGACAAAAUGCUCAGUUACAAACUGGCAUAUAUAACAUUACUUUUUAUCUUUAGAGUCCCAAUUGUGGUCAAUACGUUACAAACAUAUGUAUCAUCUACAUUAGCAAAGUUUCAUAUAAAACUGAUUUAGCAUUAAAAGUAUUAUUCAUUUAUAUUACUGAAUAUUUCCUUUUAGAACCUGGGAUAGACCAGGGUGAUAAUUUGAUUAACGUGGCUAUUGAACAUGUUCAUUAUUGUAUACAAAAACAUAACAAUGAAAUGUGUAAUAAUUAUUGCAAAUUUUUUUUUAUUAUCAUUUUUGUUUACCUUCUU